AUGUCUCUAGUCGUCCAAGAACAAGGUUCUUUCCAACACAUUUUACGUUUGUUAAACACUAACGUUGACGGUAACAUUAAGAUCGUCUACGCUUUGACCACCAUCAAGGGUGUUGGUCGUCGUUACUCCAACCUUGUUUGUAAGAAGGCCGAUGUCAACUUAAACAAGAGAGCUGGUGAACUAACCCAAGAAGAACUAGAAAGAAUUGUUCAAAUUAUGCAAAACCCAACUCAAUAUAAGAUUCCAGCUUGGUUCUUGAACCGUCAAAGAGAUAUUGCUGACGGUAAGGACUACCAUGCUCUAGCUAACCAAGUCGAAUCUAAAUUAAGAGAUGAUUUGGAAAGAUUAAAGAAGAUCAGAGCCCACCGUGGUAUCAGACAUUUCUGGGGUCUACGUGUCAGAGGUCAACAUACCAAGACCACUGGUAGAAGAAGAUCUUAA